CUACAUCUUCUUGUGACCUAAACUACAGACGUCGUCUCUCUCUCUCUCUCUCUCUCUCUCUCUCCGGCCACAAAGCGGAGCAGUGCGUGGCUGAGAGCGUGGGGGAAUAGUGUAUGGCAGGGCUGAGUCGCUCCUCGAGCUCUUCCAUGAGGAAUCUUUUUCCCCCUCAGGAGCUCCUUGAUGAUCUCUGCAGUCGAUUUGUAUUGAAUGUCCCAAAAGAAGACCUGGAGUCAUUUGAGAGGAUCUUGUUCCUUCUCGAGCAAGCGCAUUGGUUUUAUGAAGACAACUCAGUUGAACAGAAUCCAUCAUUGAAGUCCCUUUCUUUCAGGGAAUUCACCUCUCUUAUGUUUAAGAGUUGUGCUGCUCUAAGACCAUAUAUUGCACACAUUGAUGACAUCUACAAGGAUUUCACUUCUUACAAGUUCAGAGUUCCGGUGACUGGGGCAAUUAUUUUGGAUGAGUCAUAUGAGCGGUGUUUGCUUGUUAAAGGCUGGAAAGCUGGAGCAAGUUGGAGCUUUCCUCGUGGUAAAAAGAGCAAAGAUGAGGAAGAUCACACAUGUGCUGUUCGUGAAGUCCUUGAGGAAACUGGGUUUGAUGUUUCCAAGCUUUUGAAAAUUGAUGAGUAUAUUGAAGUCGUAAUUGGACAGCAAAGGGUACGACUCUAUAUUAUUGCUGGGGUGAAGGAGGACACAGUUUUUGCUCCUUUAACCAAAAAGGAGAUCAGUGAAAUCUCAUGGCACCGGCUAGAUGAACUGCAGCCAGCUGGUGAUGAUAUUACAUCACGUGGAGUAAAUGGUUUAAAGCUUUAUAUGGUUGCUCCAUUCCUGACAUCUCUGAAAGCAUGGAUUGCAUCACAUCCUCCUUCAAUACCUCUGAAAUUGGAUUCAUCUUCAAAAGCUUUAGCAGGAACUUCCGUCUGGAAGGCCAAGAAUAAUGCAGAUGGCGGGAUGCCUUCAGACAAUGCACCACUCAGACUUGGAUCUGAACCACAAAAGUCCGAUAAUGGACCUGGCAAAAGUUUCAGAAACUUCAAGUUUGACACUGCUAGCAUCCUACAGGCAAUGGAAGCUGCUUUUGCUGCCAACUGAGGUGUUAUCCUCCAUGGUAGUUUGUCAGAUGGGUGUAGGUUGCGUUGACCUGUAACUUCCACGUUAAGCACACUUGAUUUUUCUUCUCAUGCAUGGCCCCAUCAUCAUAUACUCAUUGACCACAGCAGAAAUCGAGUCUAGAUGGCCACGUACUCCACCGAGACUUUUGAGAGGCAGUUGGACUCUUUAACUAUUCUAAUUGGGAGCCAUCUACACAGAACUCUUAGCCUCUGAUACCUUUGCGCCCUUUUGUUAGUAGCAUAACGAAACUGUGGGGUUGCUUAUUCAUCAGUAUGUGUGUAGCUGACGAUGUAUCUGGAAGUCCUUGGCCAUAUAUUACAGUGUCGACGAGGCAUUCCAUGGAGAACCACGAUACCUUUGAUUCCAUUGGUCAUUUGUUAAUAGCAUUACUUCAGCUUAUCUAUUCAUCAAUGGUUGGUUAUUCAUCUUUA